UCAUCGGAGUCAGUUCGUGCUAGUGCCAAUAGUGUUUUAUAUGAAGUACAUUUGAAUUGUAUUUUAAAAAGUGGAUUUUUCAAAUUGGGAUUCAAAAAGCAAGCGAAUACUAUGAUGGGAUGGAAAGUUCCGGUUUUGAUACUCUUUUUCUGCUGUUUUGGAUUAGUGCGAUCUGAAGCAAUUGCCAUCGAGCAGAUUCUAUCGUUGUGCUGUCAAGAAGGCGAAGAAUGGGGAACACAGCAUAGGUUAUGCUCGAGUUUUAACAAAUCGCUCGAGUUAGUCCCAGGAGAGCUGCGAGGGUUGUGUCUAUCAACGAUCGAAAUCUGCUGCUCUAAGCAACACAAGAUUUAUCAGUGUACUGCCGGACAGAUUGCUGCUCGGCAGGGUCUGAGUUGCUCAUUGAAAGGCGAUCACUCUGGAUCUGAGUUUUACACGGACUGCUGUGAAGCCUGUAAAAUAGGACUUGUAGUGGGAUCUAGUGCUAGUAAGUGUUCGGUCGAACCAUUCGCCUUCGGAAGUCCUUGGGAUGAGGUAUACGAUGGCUGCUGUAAGGACAUAAAACAAGGCGAAGGUACAUUCAUUUUAAACGAAGAGGACGAAAACAAUUUAUGCGGUCGUUUUGACAAUCUUUGCUCACAAAUUUGCGAGAACACGGAAGCUGGUUCGUAUAUGUGCAAAUGCCAUCAAGGUUAUAUACUUCUGGAUGACAGAAAAACGUGCGUUCAAAUAACUUCGGAAGAUGAAAAUGAAAUUUCGACAGAAAAAAUUGUGUCGGAUUGUCGCCGAGGAUACGAGAAAGAUCAUCGGACAGGUGAAUGUGUGGACGUCGACGAAUGCGAAACAGGCGAAGCGGCCUGCGAUAUGGAGCGCCAGGUUUGUAUGAACACUGAAGGUGACUAUCGCUGUUUGGACAUACAAGACGUGAAAUGCGACGCCGGUUUCCGGUUUGAUCGCAAAAGUGGCAAAUGUGAAGACAUCAACGAGUGCGAAGACGAAGCGGCCUGUGACGAGGGCUUUCAAUGUGUUAACAUAAAAGGAUCCUACGACUGUAUAGCAGUGGUAAAAAACUAUCCACUAACACCGCCAAAGAAAAAGGUUGAAUCCUGUGCUCCGGGUUUCCGGCGGCACAACGACCAGUGCGUAGAUAUUGACGAAUGCGCUGCCGAUAAGAAUGCAUGUGACAGCAACCAAGUUUGUACAAAUGAAAUCGGAGGUUUCCGAUGUGAUUGUAAGAUUGGUUUUAUACUGGACCAAGUAACUAAUGCUUGCGUAGAUAUAAAUGAAUGCCAAAUUAAUGCUCAUGAAUGCUUGGAAAGUCAAAGAUGCGACAACACAAUUGGAUCUUACACGUGUAUCCGUUUGCAAAGCUGUGGCACCGGCUACACAUUAAAUGCUGAAAGCGGAAACUGCGAUGAUGAUGACGAAUGCGCCUUGGGACGUCAUAAUUGUGUGCAUCCGUACGAAUGUUUCAAUACGAAGGGAUCGUUCCGCUGCCGGCAAAGGUCAAGGUAUUCUCCAGCGAUUGAUGCUAGUAGCAAUAAUAUUCGCAGUAGCACUAGCACAAGUACUACUAGCACCACUACAACCACACCUCGUUCUGUCUAUUACACGCAAUCACCCAGGCCAGGAGGAUAUCCUCCGCAGUAUCAACGAUCGCAUCGUGAUGAAGAGUAUAAUCGCUACAUAGGUUCAUGUGGAAUAGGAUUCGAGCGUAACUCUCUUGGAGCUUGCGUUGAUAUUGAUGAAUGCACCCGGCCAAAUACUUGCCGGCAAAAUCAGCGAUGCGUUAAUAGUAAUGGAUCAUACAGGUGCUACGAUCUCUUAGUUUGUCCGAAUGGCUUCAUGGCUACUAACGAUGGAACUGAAUGUGUGGAUAUCGACGAGUGCGCUAAUGGCGAAGCGAAGUGCGGCCCAGACCAAGUCUGCAAGAAUAAACGAGGAGGAUACGUGUGCCUUUGUCCACCGGGACACAUCAUCGGUAGAAACCAACGGUGUGAGGAUAUAAACGAAUGUGAUUUACACAAAGGUAAGGUAUGCCCACAGAACUCAGACUGUGUCAACACGGUCGGAUCGUACCAGUGCGACUGUAAGGUUGGUUUCAAAAAGGAUCGACCCGAGGACCUUACUUGUACCGACGUUGACGAAUGUACAGAUAUUCCUGGCCUUUGCCACCAAAGAUGCAUCAACUAUUGGGGUUCGUACCGGUGUGGUUGUGACGCUGGAUACAAACUGGCUGUCAAUAAUCGAACUUGCGAAGAUGUUAACGAAUGCGAAGAAUACAAAUCAAAUAACCUUUGCGUUGGAUUCUGCGAAAACACACCCGGUUCAUAUGGAUGCCGAUGCCCGUCAGGGUAUACACUAGGCCAUGAUGCACGAAGUUGUAUCGAUAUUGACGAAUGCGAAACCAGAGAUGUUUGCAGUGGUCGGAAUGAAAUUUGUACUAAUAUCCGUGGUAGCUAUCGUUGCACGCGAAUCAACUGCCCGCACGAAUAUGAAAUCGAUCCCGACAGGAAAACUCGCUGCUUACGAACUAUAAAGUAUUGCAAUAGGGGAGAUUUAGAGUGCCUACGAAAACCGUCAUCCUACUCGUAUAAUUUUAUAACCCUAGUUUCGAAAAUGCCUGUACCACCUACUGGCCGGGCUCUGUUUAACUUGCGUGGUCCCGAUUGGUACGAGUCGAUUGAUUUCGAUCUGAAAGUGGUAUCAGUGGAUGCUCUGCCAUCUGUGCGCUCAGUCGAUCACCGAUAUUUUAGCUUGAACAAAAUGUCGAACGAAGUGCUCUUGAAUUUGGUCAAGAGUAUAGAAGGACCACAGGACAUUGAGCUCGAACUAAGCAUGGUAAUAUUCAAGGAUGGACAACCAUUCGGAUCCAACAUAGCUAGGCUAUUUCUAAUGGUUGCUGCCUAUGAAUUUUAGCACUGAUAUGUUUCAUUUAUUCUUUUCUUGUGUUUAUA